UAUGAAAUAAAAGCAUCUAAAACCAAAGAAAACGGUUUUGGAAGGAACAAACAUCUUCGUGGUAAACCCUACAGACAUCCUUUAGGAACCGGAAUCACAGAUUUUAAGGUUAAGAGGAAAAAGAUCAUCAAUGGCAGAAACCAAAGAAGGUUCAGGUUCGGAGAUGUCUCUGAAGGAUCAGGGCAACGAGUUUUUCAAGUCAGGAAAGUAUCUCAAAGCUGCUGCACUCUACACUCAAGCCAUCAAGCAAGACCCUUCUAACCCUACUCUCUAUAGUAAUCGUGCUGCAGCAUUGCUGCAAUUGGAUAAGCUUAAUAAAGCUCUAGAUGAUGCAGAGAUAACAAUCAAAUUAAAACCCCAAUGGGAGAAGGGAUAUUUCAGGAAGGGAAGCAUAUUGGAAGCCAUGAAACGAUACGACGAUGCUUUAGCUGCCUUUCAGAUAGCAUUGCAGUAUAACUCGCAAAGUCAAGAAGUAUUAAGAAAGAUAAAGAGGUUGAACCAACUGGUGAAAGAUAGCAAGCGAGCCCAAGAAGUGGAGAAUAUGAGAUCCAAUGUUGACGUGGCCAAACAUUUAGAUACAUUGAAAUCUGAAAUGGCUGGAAAGUAUGGAUCGGAAUACGGGAAAGAUUUGUUCUCAUUCCUUGUUGAGACUAUAGAGACUGCUGUAAAAUCAUGGCAUGAAACAUCUUCAGUGGAUGCUAGAGUUUACUUUCUUCUGGAUAAGGAAAAGACACAGACCGAUAAGUAUGCCCCAGUUGUGAAUAUUGAUAAGGCCUUUGAAUCACCACAUACGCACAGCAACUGCUUUUCAUUUCUUAGGCAGUACGCAGAGGAAUCUUUCUCCAAAGCAGCCUGCUUGGUAACUCCCAAAAGCAUUAUUGCUUACCCACAGGUUAAUACAAAAUUAGAGGUUCAUGGUGGGAUUCUGACUACAUCGACCUUUUUGAAUAUGUCUGGAAGGGCCAAGGAUCAAGAAAGUGGAAACAUGCACACAGUGACGGUUUCUUUGUGCAGUUUGAGUCACCCUCCCUGCGAAAGCUCUUUUUCAUACCUAGUUCAAAUGAAAAGGGACAGACAUUGUGCAGGGAUCCAGAGGUUUUGGACAUUGGUGUUCAUGAAGUUCUUCCCCGGUUAUUCAAAUAAAAGAUGCCCCGAUCUUAGUGUACUUCACUAGUACUUGGUGUAUAUUUAUUUCGUAAGGUAGAAAUGACAGGCUCACUUGAAGAUUUGCUUGUUCAACAAAUACAGAUGGAAUUUGGUGAUGUUUUGUUUGUGUUCUUGGGAUGUGGCAAUUGCUGGCAAGCUUGUGUGCUUCAUAAUUUUGUUAGAUCCAUAUAUAAUUUAUUAAUUAUUUGAAGUUAUCCAAGCCA